AUGUAGUAGUAAUAAUAAUAGCAAUAAUAGCCGAGAGCAAGAACAAAAGAAAGAUAUGUUUUUGAAGCAAUGAAUCUAGUUAAAUUGUGGAGAUAGAUUUAUGAAACUGAGACAAGAGUUGUAGAUGGAAGAACUGUAAGAAUUACAUUAGAUCAAGCAGCUGAAUUGGUGGGAUGUCCAAGGAAAACCCUUGAAGAUUAUUAUUAUCUAUUGAAAAAGGCUUAAAAUUUAGUUAAUCUCGAGGAGAGAAAAAAUGAAAAAAUGGGUUUUAUAAGGAAAAUUUGUAGAGAAAAUAAAAAGCAGCAAUAAUAAUUAUAGCAGGAAGAAGAAUUUUAUCAAAUAAAUUAAUUUUAAAUGGACGAGAUUCAUGAUGAUUGAUAUAAUAGUUAAAACACUUUAAAUUAAUAUUAUGUGCUUUUA